AUGGAGGUGCCGGGCGGCUGUCACCGCCGCUGCCUCGCCUCGGUGCUGCUCCUGGCUUCGUGCAUCGGGUGUGCGGCCACGCCGCGCAGGAACAUCCCCCGCCGACAAGCAGAGAGGCUGGGGCCUCCUCUGGAUAUUCUGCUGGAUUCACUGAACUGCACAGCAUUCAGCGUGCAAUGGAAGAUGCCGAAGCAGCACACGAGCACCAUCACAGGGUACACGGUCUUUUACUCAGAAGUUGAAGGUGACAAAGCAGUUAAACAGCUCUCACAUGAUGUUCCCCUGAGUUUGGAUAUGAUCAGCAUGGGUCAACCUGAAGGACAAGCAAUUUUUGAUGUUGUUAUUGGCAACCUGAAGCCAGGCACUCCACACCGUGUUAGCGUUGGAGCAUACGGCUGGGCAGGGAAAGGACGGCCCAGCAUGCCCAGGGAGGUGACAACUUUAUCCCAAGAUAAGUGCAUGCCUCCUGCACCACCCUAUCAGCCCCAGAUCGUGGUGGUUUCUGAUUCAGAAGUUGCAUUGUCCUGGAAGCCUGGAGUAAAUGAAGGAAGUUCUCCCAUCCAGUACUAUACAGUGGAGUUUAUCAGGCCAGACCUUGACAGCAACUGGACAGUAAUAAGAGAGCAGAUCCAGAUGGAGUCCAUGGUUCUCAAAGGACUUCUCCCAAACACAAAGUAUCAGUUUGCCGUCCGAGCAGCGAACUCCUUUGGAUCCAGCCCUGCCAGUGCACCGAGCGAUGUCAUCCGCACGUUCAGCUCUGAGGAAUUAGGAAGUGGAAGCUAUGGGCAUCGAUACAUCACAGACACGGUGACUGGUGAUGGUGAUGGAUUUGACAUUGAUGAUUCAGACUACGACAUUUAUAUAGAAGAGCUCAGACCACUUCCUGCUAUUAAAGGAGGCAACAGAAAAUUUCUGGUCGAAACAAAGGUGACGCCAGGGUCUAGUUCUAGGCUCCUGUCACGGGUCCUGACAACCACCUCUGAACCCACUCCUUCCACUCCUACCAUCACACGACCAGCCACAGCAAGGGCUGGCACUGCGUGGGCAGCGAGGAGGGGCAGCAUGUCCUCUGCCACACGCCUCCUGGACCUGUCCUGCGACGAGGCCGUGUGCUCUGCAGACAGCUUCUGCAUCAACGACUACGAACGUGGUGGCUCGCGCUGCCAUUGCAACUUGGGCAAAGGGGGGGACACGUGUGAGGAAGACAUUACUAUCCAGUAUCCUCAGUUCUCUGGCUACUCAUAUAUCACCUUUGAACCACUGAAAAAGUCCUAUCAGACAUUUCAAAUUACCCUUGAAUUCAGGGCUGAAUCCGAAGAUGGUUUGCUGCUCUACUGUGGAGAAAAUGAACAUGGUCGUGGUGAUUUUAUGUCAUUGGCAAUUAUCCGACGUAGCCUCCAGUUCAGGUUCAACUGUGGCACUGGAGUUGGGGUCAUAACGAGUGAAAACAAAAUCAAACUGGGGAACUGGCACAGUGUCACAUUGUUCAGAGAUGGGGUGAAUGGCUGGCUCAGGAUGGACAACAAUGCUCCGGUGACAGGAAAAUCCCAGGGCCAGUACAGCAAAAUCACGUUCCAGACUCCCUUCUACGUUGGUGGUGCUCCCAGCGUGUACUGGCUGGUCAGGGCCACCGGCACCAACCGUGGGUUCCAGGGCUGUGUCCAGUCGCUGAGCAUCAAUGGGAAGAUAAUUGAUAUGAGACCCUGGCCACUAGGGAAAUCUCUCAGUGGUGCUGAUGUCGGUGAGUGUAGCAGUGGCAUCUGUGAUGAGGCAGCCUGCAUCAACAGUGGCACCUGUACUGCAAAUAAGGCAGAUUCUUACAUUUGCCUUUGCCCUCUUGGAUUUAGAGGUCAUCAUUGCGAGGAAGCGCUCACCUUGGCCAUACCUCAGUUCAACGAAUCCUUAAGAUCAUUUGCUAGCACACCCUGGCCCUUGGAACCACAGAAUUACCUUUCCUUCAUGGAGUUUGAGCUGACAUUUCGUCCAGAUUUAGAGACUGGUGUCCUUUUGUACAGCUAUGACACAGACAGCAAGGACUUCCUCUCCAUUAACAUGGUGGCUGGCUACGUGGAGUUCAGGUUCGACUGUGGCUCAGGAACAGCUGUUAUCAGGAGCGAAGAACCUGUCAGUCUGGGUCAGUGGCAUGAACUGCGAGUGUCCCGCACAGCAAAGAAUGGAAUCCUACAAGUGGACAAACAGAAGCCAGUGGAAGGGAUGGCAGAGGGGGCUUUUACACAGAUUAAAUGCAGCUCUGAAAUAUUUAUUGGUGGAGUACCUAAUUAUGAUGAUGUGAAGAAAAACUCUGGGAUCCUCAGACCCUUCAGUGGGAGCAUCCAGAAGAUUAUCUUGAAUGACCGGACAAUUGACGUGAAGCAGGAUUUCACUUUUGGAAUCAACCUAGCAAAUGCUGCCCACCCCUGCGUGACCUCACCUUGUGCAAAUGGAGGCACCUGCGUUCCCAAGAAGGAGAGCUAUGAAUGUGACUGUCCCCUGGGCUUCGAUGGGCAGCAUUGCCAAAAAGAGUGUGGAAGUUACUGCCUAAACACCAUUACAGAAGCAAUUGAAAUCCCACAGUUUAUUGGUCGCAGUUACCUCACAUAUGAUAAUCCAGAUAUCCUGAAAAGGGUAUCAGGAACAAGAACAAAUGUAUUCAUGAGGUUUAAAACUACAAUGAAGGAAGGCCUUUUGAUGUGGAGGGGAAACAGUCCCAUGCGACCUAACAGUGAUUUCAUCUCUCUAGGCCUUCAGGAGGGAGCAUUGAUAUUCAGCUACAAUUUGGGCAGUGGCAUUGCUUCCAUCACAGUGAACGGCUCUUUCAGCGACGGCCGGUGGCACAGAGUCAAAGCUGUUCGGGAUGGACAGUCUGGCAAAGUAACGGUGGAUGAUUAUGGUGCCAGGACUGGUAAAUCCCCUGGGAAGAUGAGGCAAUUAAAUAUCAAUGGAGAUCUCUAUGUUGGUGGCAUGAAGGAAAUUGCCCUGCACACGAACCGGCAGUACCUGCGGGGGCUGGUGGGCUGCAUCUCCCACCUCACACUCUCAACUGACUACCACAUCUCGCUGGUGGAGGAUGCUGCCAACGGGAAGAACAUCAACACAUGUGGGACCAAGUGA